CGCAACUUUUCAACAAAUUAAACAAUAAAAUUUUGUUACCAAAUAUCAUUAAACUGAAUUAGAUAAACCCUGAACUUAUUUGAACAUGCAACGUAACUUUGGAAAAGGAGUCAGAACCCGUUUACCUUGUUUAUCCUUUCACAAGGCUACGCAUCCGUUCAAGUUCAAUUUGUAGUUCCUCGUCGCCAACAUUCUUCACUCCAAUGCUAAGUUACCAUGUUCGCGGCACUCCUCUUCGCGACCGCGCUGGUCGCCCCGCUCACAGCCUUGCCCAUCGUGUCCCAGUACAACAUAAUCCAAACGCCAACUUUCGCCGCUCCGCUGCUCAAUCCUGGCGUGAAUCCUGCAAUAAUUCCUACAUCCCAGCCUGUGGAACAAUUAGCACAUCCAGCUGCUGUUGAAAACGCCGCCGCCGAAUCGCAAUUGCCUCAAGAAUUGCUCAACCCCUUUUACAAGAAUCCGGGAAUCGCGGCAGCUCUGGCUAAAGAAUCCUGGUUUUCUAACAAGGAAUUUCCAGUGCAUCAUCGCGAGGCCGAGAAGAUUCCCCGAUCGGAAAUAUUUAAAAUCAUCAGCCGGCUCCAGCACAGGAGAUAGGACUUUAUAAGCUGUGAUCUGUGUUAGAGUGAAAGGGAUUUUGUUAUUUAUUUAUUUGAAGGCUGAACAGAGGCGGACUGUUUAAAAAUGGAUUUACUGUUGGUUUUACGGUUGGAAUGUAAUGGCGUGUAGUGAGAGUUUGAUUUUAUGCAAUAAAUGUAAUAAAGUUGUUGAAAUUA